AUGCUCCAAGGACCUUGUCGUGCCUUCAUCGGUGACCUUGCCGCUGAAGACCAUAAAAGAAUGAGAACAAGUAAUGCACUAUUCUCGUUCUUCAUGGCUGUUGAUAAUGUCCUUGGUUAUGCAGCAGGCUCUUACCGUAAACUCUUCAUGAUGCUCCCUUUCACUAAAACCGAAGCCUGCAACGAGUUUUGUGCAAAUCUUAAAACUUGUUUCUUCAUUGCAAUAUUUCUCCUUAUCGUACUUUCAGCCUUUGCUCUUCUUCAUGUAGAAUACAUUCCAUUACCAGUUGUAGAAUCACAAUCGCAGACACAAAUACAAACACAAUCAGAACCAGAACAACUGGUUUCGUGUUUCGGAGAAAUACUAGGUGCAUUCAACGGACUAUAA